CGCGGCUGAGGCGGCCGAGCCGCGCGUGCCCAGCCCGGCGGGCGCAGCGCAGGCGCCCGGGGCCCGCCGGCGGUGGCGGCCAUGGAGCGGAAAGUGCUGGCGCUGCAGGCCCGGAAGAAGCGGACCAAAGCCAAGAAGGACAAGGCCCAGAGGAAACCUGACACCCAGCACCGGGGCCCUGCUGCUCAAUCUGAGAGUGAUCUUCCAGAGCAAGAGGAGGAAAUCCUGGGGUCAGAUGAUGAUGAGCAAGAGGAUCCAAAUGAUUACUGUAAAGGGGGUUACCACCUUGUGAAAAUAGGAGAUCUCUUCAACGGGCGUUACCACGUCAUCCGCAAGCUUGGAUGGGGUCACUUCUCCACCGUGUGGCUGGCUUGGGACAUCCAAGGGAGGAGAUUUGUGGCAAUGAAGGUGGUGAAGAGUGCAGAGCACUACACAGAAACAGCACUGGAUGAAAUCAAAUUGCUGAAAUCGGUCCGCAACAGCGACCCAAAUGAUCCAAGCAAAGAGAGAGUUGUUCAGUUAUUAGAUGACUUCAAGAUUUCAGGAGUGAAUGGUUCCCAUAUCUGUAUGGUGUUUGAAGUUCUAGGGCAUCAUCUCCUGAAGUGGAUCAUCAAGUCAAAUUAUCAGGGUCUUCCACUCCCUUGUGUCAAAAAAAUCAUCAAACAGGUUCUUCAGGGUCUGGACUACUUGCAUACCAAAUGCAGAAUCAUCCACACAGACAUAAAGCCUGAGAACAUCCUGCUGUGUGUCAAUGACCAGUACAUUCGCAGGCUGGCUGCAGAGGCAACCGAGUGGCAGAGAUCUGGGGCUCCCCCACCCUCUGGCUCUGCAGUGAGCACUGCACCACAGCCUAAACCAGCUGACAAAAUGUCAAAGAAUAAGAAAAAGAAGUUGAAAAAGAAGCAGAAAAGACAGGCUGAGUUGUUGGAGAAGCGAAUGCAAGAGAUAGAGGAAAUGGAGAAGGAAGCAAACCCUGAGCAGACACAGCCUGAGGAGGAGGAAGAAGCUCAGACCCCUCUGGAAAUGCUCAUAAAAGUCAGUCCAUCAGAGGAAAGUAUCAGCAAAAAGCCAGCAGAAGCCCUUGGACAGGAGGGAUCUAAUCUCAUGGAAAGCAGCGUGGAAAAAGGUGGGACAGAAAUCAACUGCAACGGAGUGAUCCCCAUGACAGACUUGACAGACUCUGGGAACGAGGGCUCCGUGCGACUCGAGGACGACCUGCACAACGCCAAUGACUGUGGCAGUCAGCCUCACCCACAGCAGAACGAGAGCUUGCACAGCUCUAAUCACACUCAGCACAACAGUGACUCGGAGAUCAGGCCCCAAGAAGCAGUGUUGGACUUGUUUGUGCCCUUGGUCCCCGAGGAUUCCAUGGUGUGCCAGCCCGUCCCCAGCCAAGAGCAGGCGCUCAGCGAGCAGGGGAUCAACAAUUUCCAGGAAAGCAUCAGGACAGAGACCCCUUCAGAGGAUGAGAAUGAGACUAACAGCCCCACAGACAACAAAGGAAAAUCAGCUGCUGGGAAUUUCCUUCUUAAUCCUCUUGAGCCCAAGAAUGCAGAUAAGCUCAAAGUGAAGAUAGCUGACCUAGGAAACGCCUGCUGGGUGCACAAGCAUUUCACUGAGGACAUCCAGACGAGGCAGUACCGCUCGCUGGAGGUGCUGAUAGGGUCGGGGUACAACACCCCUGCUGACAUCUGGAGCACAGCCUGCAUGGCCUUUGAGUUGGCAACAGGGGACUACCUGUUCGAGCCUCACUCUGGGGAAGAUUACUCACGAGAUGAAGAUCAUAUUGCAUUGAUCAUAGAACUUCUGGGGAAAAUACCUCGCAAGCUCAUUUUGGCAGGAAAAUACUCCAAGGAGUUUUUCACCAAGAAAGGUGAUCUGAAGCACAUCACCAAACUGAAGCCCUGGGGCCUUUUUGAAGUGUUGGUGGAAAAAUACGAGUGGGCCCAAGAUGAGGCAGCUGGAUUCACAGACUUCUUACUCCCUAUGCUGGAGCUGAUCCCAGAGAAACGAGCCACAGCAGCAGAAUGUCUCAGGCACCCCUGGCUGAACUCCUAGAAGCUUCCAAGCAAUGCCACAACGUUAAACUCUGGUUUACAGCAUAGCCUACACACCCAGCUGCCCUUUCCCAGAUCCAUUUUUCUCCUUGUUCACUUUCAGUGUGGAGUUCUUCCUUCAAGGCUUCCAAGAUUUUAGAUAAAUCUAACCUGUUCUGCUGA